GAGGAAUACACUACUCUGAAACGCAAAUAUGAGCGCUUGCGGAAGAUCGAACAAUCGCACAAUGCUGACGAGGUCUUAUUGGCUGAAAUCCAGGAUUACAAGGAGCAAUUGGCCUGUCCUACUUGCAAGACCCACAAGAAAGAUGCCAUAUUGACCAAAUGCUUUCAUGUCUUCUGCCUCAAUUGCCUGAAGACUCGCUACGAGACACGUAACCGCAAAUGUCCCAAGUGCAAUGCCACUUUUGGAGCAAAUGACUAUCAUCGCAUUUAUCUCACCUAA